AUGGCCCUGAAAGUGAAGCACAAACGGAAGAAAAACAAGACUGACGAACAGGGAGAGAACCCGGACGAUGGCUCCUGCGGGCACCCGACUGGAGAUUAUCUGGUUGGCCAAGUCGCCGACAGCCUGGCGCAGAGUGCGCACAUGCGCAGAGGCAGCACGCACCGGCUGGCUUCCCUGUUCGGCUCCUUGGAGUCUCGGGUUCAGCCCGUGUAUGUCCCUGUGCCUAAAGAAACCACCCAAAAAAGAAAACAGGAUGAGAGGGAAGAAAUUACAUCCCAAAUUAAAAAAAAACAUUUGCAAGGACCUACAAAAAAAAUGAAAGCGAAGAAACUUUCGAAUGCAGACAAAACGUUGGCAAACAGGGAGAGUGCUCUAGCAUGUGCUGAUUUAGAAGAAGAAGAAAUUCAACAGAAACACAAGCAGAAAAGGAAAAACUCUCAGUCUGGUGAUGGUGUUAAAGCAGCAGAUAAAAAAAUACUUGAUGAUAUAGAGCCCACAGUUCCAAAUCAAAGAAAAAAAAUUCAGAUCAACCAAGAAGAAGAGCGAUUAAAGAAUGAAAGAACCGUGUUUGUAGGUAAUUUGCCGGUCACAUGCAAUAAGAAGAAACUGAAGUCUUUGUUUAAAGAGUAUGGACCAAUAGAAUCUAUACGAUUUCGUUCUCUGAUUCCAGCAGAGGGCACUCUAUCCAAAAAGUUGGCAGCGAUAAAACGUAAGAUUCAUCCCGAUCAGAAAAAUAUUAACGCUUAUGUUGUGUUUAAGGAUGAGAGUGCUGCUACAAAAGCAUUGAAAAGAAAUGGGACCCAAAUUGCAGAUGGAUUUCGUAUUAGAGUUGAUCUCGCAACUGAGAGCUCAUCUAGGGACAAGAGAUCAGUAUUUGUGGGGAAUCUCCCUUACAAAAUUGAAGAGACCGCUGUUGAGGAACACUUUCUGGACUGUGGAAAUAUUGUGGCUGUGAGAAUUAUAAGAGACCAAGUGACUGGGAUUGGCAAAGGAUUUGGCUAUGUACUGUUUGAGAAUACAGAUGCUGUUCAUCUUGCUAUGAAAUUAAAUAAUUCUGAACUAAUGGGAAGAAAACUCAGAGUCCUGCGUUCUGUCAGUAAAGAAAAAGUAAAACAACAGAAUUCAAAUCCUGGUUUGAAGAAUGUUGGUAAACCUAAGCCAGGACUGAAUUUUACUUCAAAACAUGCACAAGUACAUUCUAAACGUUUAUUUAUUGGAGAAAAGGCAGUUCCCACUAAAAACAAAAAAAAAGGACAGAAGAGAAGUGGGCGACCAAAGAAGUAG